GAGCGCGGAGUGUUGGGGUGUUCUCUAUUUUCUGUAAGCAUUGGGGAUGAAUGGCUGGGGUUUGGGCGUAAUCCACUCCUCUCUUUGAUGGUUUGCUGGCUCGCGGGCUAGCUCAUCGCCAUCGCCAUCGCCAUCGUCAUCGCCCUUGGAUUGCAAAGAAUAUGACCAUCGUUUGCAGUGUCCAUGGCCUCUGGCAUUGCCAUUGUCAUUAUCACUGUGUGGAGCUCAUUCUGGACCAGGGUUUACGUUAGGCCCAUUUUGGCCCGUGCUUAGCUACAGAAGAGUAAUGGAUGAUUCAUGGCAGCUCAGAGCUUGCAGCUCGUCUCGCUCUUCUUCACAGCAUUUUCCUUUGCCUGGAGGAUCUCGUAACCAGAUGGAAAUGAAUUUUGGACAAUUUUCACAUCCUUAUGUUGCACAAGAGGUGUGUGUUAUUGAACGUACAAUUAGACAAGAACCUGUGGCACCAAACUCGGCUAGCUAUGGAUAUUCAGGUUGCAGUACUAAAAUGGCAAGGCCUGAACUUGGUAAUUCAUUCCUUGCUCUUUUGUCUGGGCCAUCUCAACCAUUCCGUUCUGAAUAUCAACAGUCUUCAAGUAUACGUUCUGCUGUUCUGGCAGGCAAUUCACCAUUCUAUCAGAUCAAUGCAUUAGAGAAUGGAUCUUGGCCUCCAUUGGCUGCUGCAGAUGUUUCCUCUGUCAGUCAAAUCAGUGGAAAUGGAGGAUUUGGAAAUGGGCUAGAAUUGUCUCAUAUUGGCACAUCAAGAGAAUCGCUGCCCACUGGUUAUAAUCGAGUGACAACAUUUCCUGAUAAUUUUGAUCCAGUCAACGUCCGUUCACAUGUGUCUGACAUUUUAAAGCAGGGAAUUCGUUCAACUGUUAAUGAUAGUGAGGCCGAGUUACACACAUCUGUUCCACAGUGGCUAACAGAGGCAGCAAACCUUCGACAGCAACAACUACAUAGCAUUCAAAGUACACGCUUGCCAAAGACAUUGACAGGAACACGAUACAAUGAAGUUGAACAAUCUCUGUCAGUGAUGAAAGCUAGGCCACGUGUGUUUUGUGUUGGUACAAAUGGCAUGAUGAGUGGAGAGCUUGUUCUCAGUGAUACAGGACGCCUAGGAGUGCUCUGUUCUUGCCACAACCAUCAUAUGUCUGUAGCUAAAUUUAGUGAGCAUGCAGGACAAGCUUCUUGUAACCCUGGAUCUGCAGUUCAUAUGGAGAAUGGGGAGACUCUUGUUAUGUGGCGGAAAGCCUUCUUUUUUCAGUUUGGGGUGAAAGUUCCAGAUGAUGAGAAAGGUUGGGAUUGGAAUGAUGGAAACUCAAGUGAAACUGGAGCAGUGAAGUGUAAGACUGCUAACACACAAAAUAUUGAAAAGGAAAAUCUUCUGUUGUAUCAGAUGGAUCAUCCAACUGUGAAACCGAGAAAUGCACAGUUCUGUAAUAAUCCUGUUUAUUGUAAUAAUUCUUAUGAAGAAAAUGUCACUCAAGGCUCAUCUGGUGGCAGUUUCUUCCCUAGUGCAGCUCAGAAAAAUAUGCAUGAGGUUCGUGAGGCUUUAUUGAAGAACAUUAACAAGGUUUGUAAAGGAAGCAUGCCCACUCAAAUGAGUCAACCUCUGUUAGAAAGAUUAAAGGAUGACUUCUCAAAGGUUCCAGACAUGUCUGGCAGUAAUUCUUGUAGAGGCUCAUCAAAUUAUGUAAACAAUCCCGUUGCUGAAUAUAUUGAUUUUAUUAAUAGUGGAGGCCGAACCCUUAUUACCAAUCAAAGUCCAGCAGGGUUAAAAUUUUUUCAGAAGGGUUUUACUCUAAACAACACGAGUAACAUGCAGGAGCCAGUCCCACAAGAGAAGGAUUCAAUGUCGUCAAGUUUUGAGCUCAGACUUGGUCAACCUUCGCAGCAAAGACAUGGCAUUGGUGGUCCACUACCAGACUCCUUAGAUUCUCAAGUUUCAAGUGCUGCUAUAGACAGACAGAAAUCCUUAUUUCUUCAGCAUAUGUGGCAGAGAGUUUAUGAUCCAAGUAUAGCAGAGGGAAGCCAACAAAAUGCUACCUGUAUUCUUCCUGGUUACUCAGGCAACAAAGAGAAAGGGAAAGAACGAUGGUUUGAUAACCAACCACGUGGAGUUGAAAGGACAAAUAUGGUGCAAUCUGCAUGCAUUGACCAUUUAAAAGGAGAUUCUGUGAGAGGAUCCGUUGUUUCUAUGUAUCUCCAGCCUAGUGAGCGGCCUAAUGGUCUUGUAGAUGACUCACCGAGUCCAUCUAUGAAUAAAGUUAUGGGAAACCCACAUCAACUUGUUAAUAAGAUGAUGCACAUGAAUCCAAAUUCUCAUGGUAUUGCUAAGCACGAUUUACCAGAGGGUUUGAGAAGCAAAUUUAUCAGCAUUCCUAACAAGGGAUUCCCACAAAGUGAAGAAUAUGGAUGUAAUUCAAGUCAAACAAAAUUUGGUACAACAUCUGGGCCCAGUAUUGCCUGUGAUAUGUAUGGAAGUUCAGCAUCUUUGAUUCAAAUGAAACAAAGGAUUGACAGUAGGCCAUUACAUGAGGUCAGUCCAGCAGAUUUUGUUCCACCAGAUGUAAGCAUGCUUGCUAAACAAACUUUUUUGAGUGAAACACAAAAAGCUACUGCAUCACCUAUUGAGAUGGAUGGCAGAAAUGGCCCUAAUCAAACAACAUCUUCUAACUUAUGCGUUGGUGAUCAUCCUGAUGCUUUUUGGUUAAGAGCCAUAAAUUCUGCCCUCUCAAAGAACAGUGGGCCUGCAUUAUUGUCAGCAGCAGCACAAUUAAAUAUUCCCAGAACAGCAGCUUCUGCAACUUUGUCCAGAAUUACAGAUAAUGCAGCGAACAAAAGUGAUGUUGAUGUACAUCAAAUUCAGCGCAUGUCUGAAGAACAGUUGAGAUGUAUGCUCGAUUUUAUGGGUGGGACCAAUGUUUGCAAAAGAAAUGAAAUGAUGCCAAAUAAUUUUAACCAAGCACCAAAAGCAGACACAAACCGUGAACAAGGUCAGCUUGGAGGGAUAUUUGGUAGCAUGAUUAUUCAGGAUCGACAAAAAUCCAAUACAUGUGACCCAAACCAAGUAAUGCAUCAUCGGGAUAAACAAGGUCCAGGCAAUUUCUUAGACAUUGCUGGUGGAAGUCACCAUGUUCAAAGUGAUCAAGACUUAGUUGCUCCUUACGCCAACUCAGAUUUCCUUGGUCCAAGCAGUUCACGAAGCAAUGCACCUUCUUCUGAGGAUCAAAAUCUAAAAAGUUCUCAAACAAAAGAGGCAUUUUGUCAGCGAAUUGGUUGCACCUUGCCUAGUGGAAAUGAUAGGCCAUUGCUCAGACUUACCAGAAAUUCACCGAAGUGUUGUAACAAUCUUGACGGGGAACUAAGCAUAAAUAAGCAGAAGGAUUCCAAUCAAGUCAUUAUUUCAGAAAAUGUUGAUCAUCCCGGAGAUAUAGAGAGUUCUGAAUUCAAACAGAGCUUUCGAGCAGAUGCUCAUAUUGUAGAGUCAAGGGAAAAUGCCAUGAGUGCUGCAUUAGGGACCAACUCUACCAUUGUUGUAUCUGUUGGUGAAAAUGACAGUGGAGCUGAAAAAGGCUAUCAGGAACAAAAUAAAAUUGUUGAAAGAAAUGACAUAAUGAAUACUGGCUGUGAAUCUUUUCAAUGGAAGCAAGACAAUGGAAAAGUGACAUCAGAAGCUGGAGCUGUGCAGGAUGAAUGUCCUGUAGAUCUUACCUAUUGCAGGGAAACAGUUGAAGAUCAUCUUGCAGAUACAGCAGCAAAAGGUUCUGUAAAAGGUGUAAUUGAUACUGGAUCUCCUAAGAAGGAGGAGCAAAUGUCCAAUGUUUGCUCGAAAAUUUCAGACAAUAUUUUAAGCGAAUUCUCAGAUGCUGGUCAUGUAAUCAAUGAUGAUAUUUGCAAUGUAGAUUAUGGAGGCAAGAAACUAAUGCAUAGUGAUGUUGUUGAUGAGGGAUCAGGCAUAGGGAAGUGCUGUUCUUCGGAUGCAGUUGAUACUGGCAUUUGGACAAGGAGAAAGCUUGCAUCUGCUAGUGGGGACAAAAAUGUUCUGGUAUCAACCUCUUUAUUACCUAAUCCAACAUCCAAUGGUGAUAAUGCUGUGUCUAAGGUUAGAAGUUCACUCAGAUUAAAGAGGUUACAUAAGUCUACAGAAUGCCUUUCUGCCGAUGGUGAACAGGCUCUGAAGACAGUUGGUAAAACUGGGAAGUUUGAAAAAAAGCGAAGAACAAUGAAAUGGAAACGAUUAGAUGCUACUGCCCUACCUUUCGAGGAUAACAGUAAAAAAUCUGUACCUUUAAAUCAUGCCAAGAAAAUAGAUUUCACACCUGUUCCUUCAUGUACAAUGGUGAAAGCAAGUGACAUGCAAAAUAUUACAGCAAGUACUUCAUCAAAUCUUACAAAGGGGUUGAAUUUAAAGAGAAAACGCUCAGCAGUAGUCUCAGGAAAUCCUUUGACAUCUAACCAUAAGAUACAGGAGUUUCAAGAAGAUAGAAGGAAAGAAGCACCAGUGCAACAAGUACAUUUUAAGGGUGAUAAGCUUGUCAUUCGCAUACAAAAAAACUUGAUGGAAAGAAAACCAAAACAGAAUGGAGUAGAUGGGGUCAAGUUUGACAGAACAAGUUCAAGAAAGGUGACUAAAUAUGACACAAUGAGUUCUGGCAAGGCUCUAGCCAUUAGAAAUAAUGACAUUGUUUUCACUGAAGACAAAAUUAAACUUUCUCAAUGUAAAAGUUCCAGUGCUGUGAGAAAUAUAAGAGCUGGCCACGGAAAGCCAACAUUAAAGUCUGCAAAAAUGGCAUCCCUUAGCUCAAUUUUGAAGCAUGCAAAACGUCACGUGGAUACUCCAUGCAAGAGUGGAAAACAAUCUUCCGCUGCAGAAGUGGGAAGUGAAGCUUUAAAUAAAAAUGUAGGAAAACUGGGCAAAUUUUCUAUAUCGGAAAAGAGACAAGCCAAUGAGUUAAAAACAUCUUUUGAGUAUAUUAUGGAAGCUAAUCCUCGACGUGAUGGGAAGGAGUCAAACAAAUCAGUAAAUGUCAAGGAAGUUAGAAAGCGCAGUCUCUCGGAAUUAAGUAGAAAGAAUAACCAUGAAAAUAAAUCAACUCAAUUUUCUGCUCCGAGUACAUCAACACAAUCAAAGAAUGUCUGCCAAACUGAUCCGUCUAGUGCUCUUGGGAGCGAGUUUAGUAAUAAUCACUGUUUAUUUCCUCGAGGUGAGCGAACACUAAGACUCCGUUUUAAAUGUAAAAAUAAGUCUAAUUUCCUGAAACCUAAUUCAACAGCUUCCACUGGUACUUCAAAUUGGCAUUCUGCAAACCACAAUUCAUUUUCAAAUAUCUAUUUCCAAUCUGAUGAUGUAUGGAGGCCAGAGUAUUGUGAACUAGAAAAUGGGGCUCAAUCUGUAGCUAUUUCUGUGGCAAAGGAUGACCUUGAUGAGUCAAAAAUUGAAAUUAGUCCUCUCGAAGAGCCAUUAUGUUCUGUUACGAAAGAAAUGAGGAAGUGCUUAAGUUCAAUUACAUUUCAAAAGAAAGAAACUGAGAGCAUUAUCAAAACAAUUCCUAAGGUCUCUAAGAAACAGAAACACGUAAGGAAUGAUGAGAAGGUUCAAGUUCAUGUAGGUGAAUGCACAGAGAUGAUAGACGUAAGCUGUGUUCCAAGAGUAGGUUGUAAUACUGUCAAAAUAAAGAAGAGAAAGAAUGGAGAAAUUCAUGGAGAGAAACAUGGCAGAGAUCCACUGCAAAAAAAAUGUAGAAUAGAGAAUACAGCUCUUGGCCCAAAUUUUGAGGCAGAUGUACGCUGUUGUGUCUGUGGUGACUUAAAUGAGGAAAGCAUCAAUCGCUUGGUGCAAUGUGGGUCCUGUUUGAUCAAGGUGCAUCAAGCUUGUUAUGGUGUUUCAAAGAUACCAAAAAGUGGAUGGACCUGUCGAGCAUGCAAAUCAAACUUAAAUGAUAUUGUAUGCGUUCUUUGUGGCUAUGGAGGAGGAGCUAUGACUCGGGCACAAAAAACACGCAAUGUUGUAAAGAGCUUGUUACAAGUAUGGCAAGUGACAAGGGACACCAAUUUAAAGGCUUUGCCAGAAGAUAUAAGGCCUCCUCAAAAUAAGUGUGAUGCAGUAAAUGAAUUUGGUGCCAAGUCUAGUCCACGAAUAUCAGAAAGUAAUAAAGCUGAAUUUGGGGCUUCUGGAAAUGGCUCGAUGAAUAUUUUAUCAUUGGGAAAGCAAGACAACAAUAAAUCAUUCUUGAGAAGCAAUCUGGAAGACGUACAACUACAAAUAGGCUCUAUUAAAACAGGGAAGGCCCCAAAUUAUAUCAACAGUGAAUUCCAAGUACAUAACACUAUUACGGCUGCUGUAAAUAAUCCUGGUGUCACUCAAUGGGUACACAUGGUUUGUGGGCUAUGGAUGCCUGGGACACGAUGCUUAAAUGUUGCUACAAUGGGUGUAUUUGAUAUAUCUGGAGCUACAAUUCCUAGAAAGAAAGUGGUUUGCUCUAUAUGCAAACGGCCUGGAGGUUUGUGUAUACAAUGCAGGGUUGUAAAAUGCUCCGUCCCAUUUCAUCCUUGGUGUGCCCAUCAAAAGGCAUCAUUACAACAACUCGCUCAUAGUGCUCGACAAGAAGUUGAAUUUAGUUUAUAUCAAGAGGAACUUAAACAAACUCACAUAGGCUUUGCACAUAGCUACUCUGUGAUUUUGGCAACUCAGGGUCUGUUGCAAAGUGAGAGAGAGGGAGAUCGUGGUGACAAAGUAGGCUUUUAUGGAAGGUGCUUGCUGCAUGCUAAAUAUUCCUCAAACCAUUCAGACAAAGUCAAAUCCAGAGAUAAUCUGCACAUAAACACUCAGUCAGAAAGUGACCAGGGAACCUGUGCUCGCACAAAGGGUUAUAAGGGGCGUAAAAGCUGGGAGGAAGCCAGGGCUGAACUUCAAAGACAUUCUGAUACAGAGAACACAAGAGUGGUAACUCAGGAGCAAAUAAAUGCCUGGCUUCAUAUCAAUGGCCGCAAAUCGUGCACAAGGGGUUUUAUCAAAUCUCCAAAUACAGAUGUCAAAUCUGAUUACAGAAGAGAAUACCUACGCUUCAAGCAAGAGCAAGGCUGGAAACGCUUGGUGGUUUACAAGUCCGGCAUUCAUGCUCUUGGUUUAUAUACUGCUCAGAACAUUUUGAAAGGUGAAAUGGUGGUAGAGUAUAUUGGAGAAAUAAUUGGGCUCCACGUGGCAGACAAACGGGAAAUUGCUUAUCAUUCACGUGGAAAAAUGCAAUAUGAGGGUGCAUGCUACUUUUUCAGAAUAGACAAGGAGAACAUUAUUGAUGCUACUCGGAAAGGUGGAAUUGCUCGCUUUGUAAAUCAUUCUUGUUCUCCCAACUGUGCAGCAAAGGUGAUCUCUGUCAGGACUCAGAAGAAGGUAGUUUUCUUUGCAGAAAGAGACAUUAAUGCUGGUGAAGAAAUUACGUAUGAUUAUCACUUCAACCAUGAGGAUGAUGGGAUGAAAAUCCCAUGUUUCUGUAAUUCGAGAAAUUGUAGGCGCUAUUUAAACUAGAUGUAAUUGUUGCAGCCUCCAGGAAGUCCCUUUACAGCUAAUCUUUGCAAUUGAUGCAAGAAUUUAAGCCUGACUUCUCUCCAUAUUUGCCAUGAGGUUCAAAUUUCCAGCAGAUGUCCAUCCAAGAUGCAUAGAUGAUUUAUAGAAUCCGGUGUUGUAUCUGUUUCAAUUCAGAGAGAAGGGGACAAUGGGUUCAUCAACCACUUUUCAUCCUGAUAUCCACUGAUGUUGAGUGAUAUUUCCAAUUUGUAUAAUUGGAUUAGUUAUGUACAGAAAAGAUCCUCUGUUCUGGGUUUUCUUCUUAGAUUAGCUUGUGGGUUUGUUCAUAUUUUGAGCAUUCCUACACUUGCAAGAAUAGAUGGCAUUUCAGUGGAAGUGUCCAUUAUUAUCCUUGAUGAAAGAGCAUUGCAGUUUUUGGCUGCAAUUUUGCAUGAUGUAUUAUAGCCGGAGAGGCACUUACAGUCGAAUGAUUAGAAUUAGAGAAGCAUCAAGGCACACUAUAUUCUAGACUUGAGUGCUAUUCUUUUUUCUAGCAUGAUGGGUUGACAAUGAAAUUACUUUAAAAUAUGGGGGUCAUGGAUGUUAUAACUAGUGAAUAUUGUAUUUUGUUAUGUAUCAUUAAUUUGAGGCAAAUACGUCCUGCAGUGCAUUAAUUGCCAAUUCAUUGUAAAACAAUUUAAAUUUGUGUGUUAUAGAGUCAUGAAUAAAAAAUUAUGAAAGGUAGCAUACAGACAUCA